CAUAAUUUAACAUAAUAUGGAGCAAACAAUAUUUUCUCCUCUGAGAGAGUUGAAGCCACACCUGCUCAUGGUCUUGACCCAAGUGGGUUAUACCUUUGGAUAUUUUAUCACUGAAACUUCAUUCAAUCAUGGACUGAGUCCUUAUGUUUAUGUUACAUAUCGGAAUGUCGUGGCUGGGGUUGUGAUGUUCCCUUUUGCAUACUUUCUAGAGAGAAGUGUAAGACCAAAGCUGACCUUGUAUCUUUUUAUGGAAAUUUUUCUCCUUUCAGCGUUCGGGUUCUGUUUGUCUCUCAAUUUGUACUUUGCAAGCUUGAAGUAUACUUCUCCAACCUUUCUUUCUUCCAUGGACAACACCGUAGCUGCCCUUACCUUCAUUUUUGCGGUGGCAUUCAGGUUUGAGGUUGUUGACUUUCAAAAGCCACGUGGCAUAGCAAAAGUACUUGGGACCUUGAUAUCCUUAGCUGGUGUUACGACCAUGACACUAUACAAAGGACCUACAAUGAGAAAUUUGUGGGGUCCACUAAUCCAUAUUCAACCAAAAAGUGCUCCUAUCAAUGAGACUGGGUUGAAGGGUUCAAUUCUUACUGUUACAUGUUGUGUCACAUUGUCCAUCUGGUACAUUAUGCAGGCAUCUACUCUAAAAAGAUACCCAGCACAAUUAUCACUCACUGCAUUGAUGUGCUUUAUUGGAGCAGUACAAUCAGCUGUUUUCACAAUGAUAGCAGAACAUGAUAAUCCUUCGGCAUGGAUUAUAGGAUUCAACAUUGACUUGUGGUCCACAAUAUAUGGGGGAAUUGUUGUUGGUGGUUUGUUGAUAUACAUUCUACUAUGGAGCACUGAGAAAAAAGGGCCAGUUUUUGUCACAAUGUUUAACCCUCUUAGUACCAUAUUUGUGACAAUUCUAGCUUACUUCGUCCUUGGUGAAAAACUUUAUCUGGGCAGCAUCAUAGGUGGUUUUAUUGUCAUCAUGGGUCUAUAUUUGUUGCUGUGGGGUAAAGAAGGUGACAAAGAUGUUGAUAUCAAGACCAAAGUUAAAAGGCAGUACAAUAGUGGAGACGGAGACGUAGAAGAAUGCAGAAUAUAGCAAGCAUCCUUAGCUGGUAAGGUAGCAGAGAUGUACAAUGUACAUCCAAGUGUGCAUAUGAUAAAAUUUGCACAACUUGAGGAUUUGAGGUUUAUUCUGGCUAUAAUGUAAACGCUUUGUGUAAAACAAGGCUUCAUAAAGUUUGUUUUAAGCUACCUGUUUUACAAGACAAAAGUUUAGUCUAGACCAGAAUUAUACAACCUAGGUGGCCAUUUAGACAAAUCCAUUAAAUUACAUGGUUAUCAGUAUCGUAUGAGACAUAUUAGUCGUAUCUCGAUUAGUUAUUAAACUAAACUCAAUCGAUACGAAUUUCUUGUAUAUAUAUAUUUUUUGAACAUGAAUCUCAUCUU